AUGUUACUCAGUGUGUUCAGUCUCCUGUUUGGUACUACGUCUCAGCCGGCAAAAUCAUCAAAAAGAAAAAAUGAUAGGGUGGGCUGAUGUUUAUAAGGUGGUGGAGGCGAUGGCACCACUAUAUGUUGCGCUCAUGUUGGGGUAUGGUUCCGUGAAAUGGUGGCGGAUAUUCAGCCACGAACAGUGUGAUGCCAUAAACCGCCUUGUAUGUUAUUUCACUUUCCCUCUCUUUACCGUGCAGUUCACGGCACAGAUUGAUCCUUUCCACAUGAACUAUAAGUUUAUCGGGGCUGACGGGAUAUCGAAGCUAAUCAUCGUGGGGGUGCUGGCGUUUUGGGCUAAGUGUAGUAGCAAAGGAAGUUACUGCUGGUCCAUUACUAGCUUCUCGUUGUCUACUUUGACAAACUCGCUCCUUGUCGGAGUGCCGUUGAUGAGGGCCAUGUACGGACCAGAGGCCGUCGAUCUUGUCGUUCAGUGGUCAGUGGUUCAGGCUAUCAUAUGGUUGACGAUUCUGUUGUUUGUGUUGGAGUUUCGGAGGUCAGGGAUUUCCGUUUCUUCUGAAAAGGAGGAUGUUGGCGAAGGUGAAAAAGAUUUGGAAGGGAGCAAGGAUGUGGUGGCGGGCAGCAGGCCGUCGUUUUGGGCUUUGAUGAAGGUUGUGGGGCUGAAAAUGGCUGUGAAUCCCAACUCCUAUGCUUGUAUCGUGGGCCUUGCUUGGGCUUUUGUGGCAAAGAGGUGGCAUUUAAAGAUGCCAAACAUAGUGGAGGAAUGCAUAUUGAUCAUGUCAAGAGCUGGCAUUGGCACUGCCAUGUUUAACAUGGGAAUAUUCAUGGCAUUACAGGAAAAGGUGGUAGCCUGCGGCACCAGCCUGACUAUAUUUGGGAUGGUUUUGAAGUUUAUUGCAGGACCAACGGCCAUGGCAAUUGGCGCCAUUGCCGUGGGCUUGCACGAUGAUGUUUUGCGCGUCGCCAUCAUUCAGGCAGCGUUGCCUCAGUCAAUUACUUCCUUCAUCUUCGCCAAAGAAUAUGGAUUGCAUGCAGAUGUCCUCAGUACUGCGGUGAUCUUUGGAACCGUAGUGUCCCUACCUGUAAUGAUCGCUUACUAUGCAGUUUUGGAGUUGGUACAUUGAUCCCUUCUCUACUCACAAAGAAAAAGUGUCGGCCUUAGCUACCUGUCUUUUCAUUUUCUUUUUUAUGUUUUUGCCCCCUUGGGGUUUGAAAAGAUUAUAAUGUAACUCAAUUUAGUUUUCAUGUCUGCCAACAUCUUUAUUGCUUGGCAAGUAAUUAAUUAAGAAAUAUAUAUAUAUAAUAACAUAAAACAUGACUU